GAAUUCCGGAAUCUGCUGCGCAGAAGAAAGCUGAGCAGCGAGCUGCGCGACUGGCAGCAGGGCGAGCAUUCUUUCCAACUUCAGUUUUCAACCUCGCGUGGGUGGUUCAACAUACCUUUGGUAAGUUGGUCCUCGGCGGCUGGCACUGACGGCCAAGAUGGGCGGAUGCGUGGCGCCGAGAGCGCUUCUUCUGGUGGCAGCUUGCUUUGCUGCUUUUGCUGUGAGUGCGGUCAACGGCCAGACAAACCAGACUCUCCAAUCAAACCUCACGACGGCGCUCUCCCAGAACCAAACCGCGUUUGCCGCGCUGGUGUCAAGCCUUCAGACAGCCCUCCAGGCGCGCCUCAGCAGCGUCAAUCUGACCUCACUCAACACCACCCAAACCCCUCCACUCCUCCAAACCUCCCUAAACCUCUCCCAACCCAUCAUUGCUUCCGCAGCCGUCAACCUCACUCUAAUCAGCGGCUCAAACAACACUUUAUUCGUUGCUCCUUCCGCAAACCCCUUCAACGUGACUAACUCGCUUAACCAGACCGUAACCCUGGUGCUAACCUUCUCUCCACUACUGAACUCCUCCGCCAAUGCGACCAACGCUAGCAUACCCACUAACCAAACCCUUUCGGUUAACGGGACCCUGGUCCUUGGGUGCCAACUUACACUCCCGAACCGGACCGCCACAAACGCCUCACGAAGCACGCCUCUGUUUGCCCUGAACGGCAGUCUAACCGUGAACUCAACCCAAUCGUCGAACGGCACUCUCCUUCUGAUUGGAACGCUUGUCUUCGGAAACGCGACGGCGCAACUAGGCGCGAGGGCGCCUGCGCCGGGGGCCUUUGGACCCUUUGCCCCGGCGUCAGCCCCACUGCCCCAGACGCAGCAGCUCGCCCCGGUUGGGGCACCCCCAGGCCAGUUCAGCAACCCGGUGAUGUUCGCCGAGUUUGCCGAUCCUGACGUCAUCCGCGUCCAGAACGACUUCUACAUGGCGGUGACUAGCUUCCACAUGUUCCCAGGAGCACACAUUAUGCACUCGCGCGAUCUGAUCAACUGGGAAUACCUCUCGCACGCCAUCCCGCAACUCCCGCCGUCGAUCGACGCGAAGUGUUACAAUCUGGACGGCUGCGACAAGUACGGGACAGGCACUUGGGCCAACAGCCUGCGCUUUUACAACAACACGUUUUACCUCAUGACCAAUAUGAACGACAACGGAGCGUUGCUCUCACGCGCCGCGGACCCGGCGGGGCCGUGGAGCGUGACCGCGCUCGGGUGGGCCUGCCAGGACCCGGGGCUGUUCUUCGACGAUGACAACAGCAUCUACGCGGUUUGCGGCCAUGGACAACUGAACGUCUACACUUUGAGUCCAGACUUCCAGCCCAUAGGCAGCCCCGUGCAGAUCGUGAACGACUCCGUCCAGUACCCCGGGUUUGCGAGCAGGUUUUACGGCAUCGAGGGCUCUCACAUGUACAAAUCCAACGGCACUUAUUACAUUUACGCGCUUUGGGGGGGUGGCGAGGGCCAGCAAAUGGCGCUCCGAGCGACUAACCCAACUGGUCCUUAUGAGUAUUACAAGGUGCUGCAAGGGCUCGGGGAAGACAAUUUGGGGUAUAAGGAGAACAGCAUCCACCAGGGCUGCCUGGUCAACACGACCAACGGCGAAUGGUGGAGCUACUUGCUUCAAGACCACGACGCGGUCGGCCGCCUGCCCAUAAUUCAACAAGUCAAGUUCGUCGACGGCUGGCCAACCAUAGGCGACGGCAAGGCGCAGCAGACGGUCCCUUACCCGAGCGGUAUCUAUUCCCCGGACAUCUUCCCGGCGACGUCCGACGAGUUUAACAGGACAACGCUCGGGAUGCAGUGGCAAUGGAACCACCAGCCCGACAACACCAAGUGGAGCCUGACCGAGCGACCUGGGUACUUGACACUACACACCGCCACGGCCAUCGCAAACGGCAACCUAACCAUGGUGCGAAACCAGCUGACGCAACGCGUGUGGGGACCCCAGAGCGUGGCCACGGUGGCGCUUGACGUCAGCGGCCUGGUGGAUGGUGACGUGGCAGGGCUGUCCAUCUUCCAGGUCGAGUACGCCUACAUCGGGGUCCGAAAGACCGGAACAUCUCUCACGAUCACGCAAGUGGAGAACGCCGUCCCCCCCGUGACCGCACCAUUGCCUGCGUCAGCAACAACGGUAUAUCUCCAGGCGACCUUCACGGAGGGGAGUCAGCAAGCCAGUUUCGCCUACAGCACCGACGGCCAGACUUUCACUCCGCUCGGUCCGUCCUGGAAAACCGAGUACCGGGUCCGGGUUUACGUCGGGUUCCGGUUCGGGUUAUUUAUCUUCAACACGGCGGGAAGCCUCCAAGGGAGUGCGAAUUAUGAUUACAUUCGCGUGAGUGUCGCGCCGAGGAAUAGCAGUUGAUGAACGGUGCCCGUUAACUUAUUCAGACAACUUAAGAGAGUGAGGUUUAGGCGUAGGAAAGUCGUUUGAACUUACUGAGAGCUGGAAAUGUGUGUUCGUGCAAACGAUCGUAUAGAGUCAACCGAAUUUUUUUGAAUUCAAAGUACUUAUCAGUGUUUGGCAAGCAG